AGCUCGCAAAAACUUGUACAAAUCUUUCUUAUUCCAAUUCCAAGCGAAGCAGAGCGAAGAGAGAGCGAGAGAGAGAGAGAGAGAGUGGCGCGUAGUUGCAAUGGAAAAAACCCCAACCCUAGAAGAACAGCCCAAAUCAAAGCCAUCAACUUCUGAAGAAGAUGAAGAAGAAGAAAACGUUGACAACGGAGACCAAUACAUGCCGGACGCUGCCCAAAACCCUCCUAGCUCUCCCAGUUCUGAUGGCUCCGAUUCCGACUCCGAAGACGAAGCUCAGCAGAACCUCCAGCUGCAGACCUUGGAGGUGGAGCUUUCGUCCAACCCUUCCAACUAUGACGCUCAUAUCAAGUUCGUGAGGCUUCUGCGGAAAAUGGGCGACAUAGAGAAACUGAGACAGGCAAGGGAAGCUAUGAGCGAGCUCUUUCCACUGACACCUGCCUUGUGGCAGGAAUGGGCCAAAGAUGAAGCUUCUCUUGGCACCGGGCAUGAGGCUGUUCCUGCAAUUGAGAAGCUUUAUGAGCGAGGAGUAUUCGAUUAUCUGUCUGUCCCUCUAUGGUGCGACUACUUGAAUUUUGUUCUUGAGCAUGAUCAAAUGGUACGUGACUGUUUGCAUGACGGUAUUUCAAAGGCAAGAAAUCUAUAUGAGCGUGCUCUUACAGCAGCUGGCUUGCAUGUUGCUGACGGCAUUAAACUAUGGGAAGCAUACAGGGAAUUUGAGCAAGCUAUAUUUCAAACUAUUGAUCAGUCGGACAUUCAGGCAAAAGAAAAGCAGAUUCAACGCAUACGAACUAUAUUCCACCGUCAGUUGUCUGUGCCUCUUGUUAACAUGAGCUCAACGCUUCAGGCUUAUAAGGCUUGGGAGAUGGAACAAGGAAAUGUUCUUGACGUUGAAUCUAGUGAUCUGGAUGCCAUUUCUUCUCAUGUUGCCUCAGCUUACAAGAGAGCCUUGGAGGCGUAUAAUGCUCGUGUUCAUCUCGAAGAACAGAUUUCAAGGCAGGAUAUAUCUGAGGCAGAGAGACUCCAACAAUUCAUGAUCUACUUGAAAUUUGAACAGUCUUCUGGAGAUCCAGCCCGGGUACAAGUUCUGUAUGAACGUGCUAUUACUGACUUUCCUAUAGCAAGUGACCUUUGGCUUGAUUAUACUCGCUAUUUGGACAAAACCUUGAAGGUAGGCAAUAUUGUUAGAGAGGUUUAUUCAAGGGCCACGAAGAAUUGUCCCUGGGUUGGGAAUCUUUGGGUUCGAUAUUUGCUCUGCUUGGAGCGUGGCCGUGCUUCUGAGAAAGAAUUAGCUGCUGUCUUUGAGAAGUCGCUGCAAUGCACCUUUUCAACCGUUGAGGAGUACCUGGAUCUAUUCCUCACUCGAGGAGACGGCCUAAGACGAAGAUUCUUACUUAAUGGUGAAGCAGAGGAUGCCUUGAAUUAUUCAAUAAUAAGGGAAACCUUUCAGAGCGCAUCGGAUUACUUAUCACAGCACUUGAAGAAUACAGAGGGUUUGGUGCGUUUACAUAGUUAUUGGGCCCGUUUAGAGCUAAAUCUGGGAAAAGAUUUAGUUGCAGCUCGUGGAGUUUGGGAGAGUUUGCUUAAGAUCUGUGGUUCAAUGUUGGAAGCCUGGCAAGGUUAUAUAGCAAUGGAAAUUGAAUUGGGCCAUAUAAAUGAAGCUAGGUCCAUCUAUAAGAGAUGCUACAGUAAAAGAUUCCCUGGGAUUGGUUCAGAGGACAUAUGCCAUUCUUGGUUACGCUUUGAGAGGGAGUUCGGUACGCUGGAAGAUUUUGACCAUGCUGUACAAAAGGUUGCCCCUCGCCUGGAAGAGCUACAGUUCUUUAGGUUACAGCAGGAAUCCAAAUCAACAAAUGAGAGGGAAAAUCCUCUUAAGAAGAAUGCUCGUGAAAAGAGAAAGCCAGUUUCAGACUUAAAUCAAGAACAGUCUCUGGCAAAGCGGCAAAAAGAUAACGCUAAAAAUCCAAAGAAAGUGUAUGGGAAGGAUAAACCCCAAGAGUCAAACUUAGUUGAGUCGAACAAAGUGGAAGAGAUCAAAGUAAAUGUGGAUAAGGAAAAUAGAAGAAAGGAACAACAGAUGAAAGAUACCACCACUGCAAAAACUAAAGUAUACAAGGACCAGUGCACUGCAUUUAUAUCAAACAUGAACCUUAAGGCAAAUGAUGAAGACAUCCGUAAUUUCUUCAGUGAUGUGGGUGGAGUACAAGAUAUUCGAAUACUACUUCACAAGUUUACUGGAAAAUCAAGGGGACUAGCAUAUGUGGAUUUCUCAGAUGAUGCACACCUUGCUUUAGCUGUAGCAAAGAACAAACAGAUGUUACUUGGAAAGAGGUUGACUAUUGCUCGGUCAAAUCCAAACAAAAGCAGAAAAGAUUCCUCUGGCCGUGAUAACCAAAUGGAACAUGUUAAAUUGGCAGUGCAUGCUGGUGGUGGGGGAUCUGCCUCUAAUGAAUCUGCAUCACAAUCUGCUGCUCAUAAGCGUGGAGGUGACGAUUUCCAGAUUAAGGGGAAGAACACAUUUGCAGUGCCCAGAAAUGUUAGAGCACUUGGUUGGACUGCAAAUAAACCCAAGAUUGAGGAGGGAGAUGAAAAGCCGAAGUCCAAUGACGAGUUCAGAAAAAUGUUAAUGAAAAAAUAAUGUUACUGUUCUAGGGCUCACGACUUUAACUGCGUGAAUGACAAGUCUCUAUACAUAACAGAGUAAGAAUGUGGUGGUUUGGAAUUUCACAAGUUUUGCUUUGUCA